AUGAGUCUGCCCCCUUAUGGUUCUGCCACAUUCAUCGAACCCACUGACCCAAGUUUCACACCAGCUAAGAAGCUCAAGUUCUGUAAAGUUUGUGGAGACCGCGCCAAAAGUUAUCACUUCGGGGGAUUAUCUUGUGACAGCUGUAAGGCUUUCUUCAGGCGGUCAGUACAAAGCGCUGGCUACAAGAACUUUCAGUGUCCCUAUCGACGGACCUGUGAAAUCACCAUCAGCUCGAGAAAGUGCUGUCAGUUUUGUCGGUUUCAAAAAUGUGUGGCCAUUGGAAUGGAGAAGGGCUGGGUUAUGACAGAAGAGGAACGUCUACAUGUUCUAAGAAUUCGUAUGGCAAAACGACAAGAAGAAGAAGAGAAGAAGAUUCACCGACGUCAGAAGAUUCGUCGAGAAAAUCAUCAUGCAGACCUCAACGAAAUCCACAAGUUUUUAACCGAAGACGACAUUCAGUGCAUCGAGUCUAUAAUGAAUUCCUACGAGGUAAGCUGCUUGACGAUUGCCUUCAGCAGUAGUUUGUGCAGUCAACAUUGUGAUCGAGGCCGAACUGAAAUAAUCGAUAUGUUCUUCACAGUUAUCAAACAGCUUGCACACUUUGCUCAGCAACUCCGUUCCUUCGCGGUUAUCCCACGACACGAUCAGGAGAUUCUGUUACGUUCUGGCGUUAUGGAAUUGUGCUUUCUUCGGAGUGCGUACGUGUUUGACGAAA